UGUGGGUGUCUCAGAAGAGACAGCAAGCCAGCUUCCCUGGUGACCGCCUCCGUGGCGUGGUGUCCCGCCUCUUCCCCUACAGCAACUACAAGCUGGAGAUGGUUGUGGUCAAUGGGAGAGGCGAUGGGCCUCGCAGUGAAACCAAGGAGUUCACCACCCCAGAAGGAGUACCCAGUGCCCCCAGGCGUCUCCGAGUCCGGCAGCCCAACGUGGAGACAGUCAACCUGGAGUGGGAUCACCCGGAACACCCCAAUGGGAUCCUGAUUGGAUACACUCUCAAAUACGUGGCCUUUAAUGGAACCAAAGCAGGAAAGCAGAUAGUGGAGAACUUCUCUCCCAAUCAGACCAAGUUCACGAUGCAGAGAGCAGACCCUGUGUCACGCUACCGCUUUACCCUCAGCGCCAGGACACAGGUGGGCUCUGGGGAAGCAGUCACAGAGGAGUCACCGGCACCCCCCAAUGAAGCUACUCCAACCGCAGCUCCUCCCACACUGCCCCUGACUACUGUGGGUGCGACGGGCGCUGUGAGCAGUACUGAUGCUACUGCCAUUGCAGCCACCACCGAAGCCACAACAGUCCCAAUCAUCCCAACUGUUGCACCUACCACCAUCGCCACCACCACCGUCGCCACAACUACUACAACCACUGCCGCCACCACCACCACGGAGAGUCCUCCCACCACCACCUCCAGGACUAAGAUAUACGAAUCUGCCCCUGACGAACAGUCCAUAUGGAACGUCACAGUGCUCCCCAACAGUAAAUGGGCCAACAUCACCUGGAAGCACAAUUUCGGGCCAGGAACUGACUUUGUGGUUGAGUACAUCGACAGCAACCAUACGAAAAAAACUGUCCCCGUUAAGGCCCAGGCCCAGCCCAUACAGCUGACAGACCUCUAUCCCGGGAUGACAUACACGUUGCGGGUUUAUUCCCGGGACAACGAGGGCAUCAGCAGUACCGUCAUCACCUUUAUGACCAGUACAGCUUACACCAACAACCAAGCGGACAUCGCCACCCAGGGCUGGUUUAUCGGGCUCAUGUGCGCCAUCGCCCUCCUGGUGCUGAUCCUGCUCAUUGUCUGUUUCAUCAAGAGGAGUCGUGGUGGCAAGUACCCAGUACGAGAAAAGAAGGAUGUUCCCCUUGGCCCCGAAGACCCCAAAGAAGAGGAUGGCUCAUUUGACUAUAGUGAUGAGGACAACAAGCCCCUGCAGGGCAGCCAGACAUCUCUGGACGGCACCAUCAAGCAGCAGGAAAGCGACGACAGCCUGGUGGACUAUGGCGAGGGGGGCGAGGGGCAGUUCAAUGAAGACGGCUCCUUCAUCGGCCAGUACACAGUCAAAAAGGACAAGGAGGAAACAGAGGGCAACGAAAGCUCGGAGGCCACGUCACCCGUCAAUGCCAUCUAUUCUCUGGCCUAACGGAGCCCACCCGGGCACAGCCACUACUUUGCAAGUGGGAGGAGGGGAAAGGGGGAGACAAAGCCACUGCAGACCUACCGCAAAGCCACCGCCACCUUCAGGGACAAGGAGUCUCCAAGACAUGAGCUGCACUGACUCAGAAGUCUGAGGAACAGGAGUGGGCACUGGUGGAAAGGACUUCGACUCCAGUGACCGUGUACCUCAAGCAGAAGAAAAUCAAGUGUCUGCUCCCUGGGGAACUGUGCUCACCUCUAGAGAGAAGAAAAAGGCUGGCUUUGGACUUCUUCCCAUCAGCGAAACCCAGGAUGUAGGAGAGAGGACCAUACCCACUAUGUCCAGGCUAGAGGGCACCUGCCCACCUGGUUGGAGUCUAUGCUGCUACCCCCGAGGAGAAGGAGCCCUGUGCUGCAGAAGGUUUGCUGGUGUGUUUGGGGGUGUAAAGCACUGCUCCCCUUUUAUCUCUAGCAGAUACCAUCUCCUCAGUCAUUUCUGUAUGACGUUGAGACUCGUGUUUGACGUGGUGUGUGGAUGGGGACCUUCUGCCCCAAGACUGAGCUGGUCUGUCCUUUCAUUAGGAUAUAUACAUAUCAGGGGACCCUGAGGUGGUAUCGUACUGACAGUGCUGUGAUGCCCCUGCUUGGUGGUUGGAGGGACUCAAUGCUCUUCAUAUGCCUUAUGCAGCUCUGAUCUGUCCCUGAAGUUCCCCACCCCCCACCCCCACCCUGCAAGCCGUGAAGCCUCCAGCGACAUCUGUCUCGAGAAGAACAGAGUGGCCUAUGCAAGUGUCCUGGCAGGACCAGAAGCAGCCACUCAACAUGUGCCCUCACCCUGUUGCCCCAAAUGGAGACACUCACAGACAUGCAGUUCUCAGGCCGAAGGUGCUGCCUUCACCCUCCCCACCUAAUCCAUUUUUGAAACCAAAGGUACCUAGCCUCAGAGACAGAGAGAGAGUGAAAUCUUGAGCCUGGGAGUAACCCCUUAGCUGUUUCUGCAGCAUGAGUCAGUGUGAGGAGGGUGAGGCCGGCUGUCAGGAAUGGAUCACCUGCCCCAGGAACUCCCUCUGAUCUGAGCCUCCAGCUGCUGGUCGGGGAGCCUGGGCAGGACCAGUGUCCUUCAGAGACUUUAUUAAAGCAUCAUUUGCCACAUGUUUAAGCCACACAGGUAUUAGCAAUGCUUGCAUCACUUAAUAAUCAUUCAGCUGAAGGUCAAAUCCGUAGAUAUACACACAUUGUCUACAGGUAAGAAAUCGUGGCCCAGAGCUGAGCCAGUAAUGUUGUUUGAACCUGAUAGUGUGUAAUGGUCCUUUGGCUCAAGCUGCUGCCAGGUGUGCUGCCUAGAAGCCUGGGGGGCAGUUCUCUCAUGAUGAAAGGGAACAGGGUAAAUAGAAGGCUGGGCAGUGAGCUCAGGGGGUCUCCUCCCCUGGCUUUCCUCCAACAUCUGCUUGGAGACAGCUGGGCAUUCCUGCAGCCUAGACCCACUGCCCCUGAAGGGAGUGUCAGGGAGCGUGCCUCUGAGCUGAAGUGAAGGACCAGCCUUUCCGAAAAACACUUUGGAUCUGAGCAGAGUUGUCAGUUCUCAGGCACUGUCUAUGUUAGCAAACCCAUUGCACCGAAGAGAGGCUCUUAGGGCGGGAAGGGACUGUUAGAGGUACCGUGGCCAUCUCCCUGCCUCUGGAAAGUCUGCCACACAAACUGAGAAGGGCUUCUUCUGCCUUAAGGGUCUUGGGAAGAGGUGAGUCCUCAGCCUGUCUUUGCACCGUAUUGCAGUGUCCUGCCAGGUUCUGUACCAUCCUUCCUUGUAUGUGAAGUGAACGCAGUUAGCCCCCUCUCUCGGACUGUCAUUCUGUGGGUGCUGAGGGCCGUCUGCCACCACCACGUGAUCACAGCCCUCCAGGCAGGAGCAAAUCUAGGGCUGAAGAACCAAAUUUCCCCCAGGCAAAGACAGCAGGUGCUCAGAGAGAUCAAACUCUGAUGUGUGCGGAUUGCAGGGUGAAGGAGGCAGUCCUUUCCAGGAAGAGGAGAGCCCGUUUUCUGUGGACUCCAUGCCAGAGUCCACCCCAGCUCAGCAGGAAAGCAUACUGCCCAGCACUCCCUGCAGCUGGGUCUCUCAAGCAGCCACCCCAGCACAUACCAACAAUGAUGCCAGGAGUGGGGGACUACCUUGGUGCUUCAGCCUGUCCGGCUGGGAGAGAAGAGGUGCAGGUCAUCUAGCAGUGACUCUCUGGAAGUUUCAUUCACUGGGCUGCAUUCCCACCUGCGUGCUCAGCCGCGACAGCUGUGGCUUCCCAUGUUCUUAUUGGUCCAUGCAUUCGUUCAUUCCACAAAUACUUUUUGAACAUGUAGUCUGAGUUCAGGCCUGAGCCCUGGAUACUGUGGUGAGUCAGAUGUGGUCCCUUCCCCUCCUGGGGCCUACAGUUCUGGAACCGAGUCUCGGGACACAAUGGCUAUUGAGUUGGGAGCAUUCUGCCCUCCAUUGCUUAAGCCGCUGGUGGCUCCAAGCUUGAAGGGAGAGGAUUCCAAGGGAGAACUUGGUCCAUCUGGUCAGUAAGGCGGGGCAAGACGGGGCAUUCAAGACCUGCAGCGUGGAGUUGAGGGACCGUCCUGCUUCCUGAGCCUUGUUGCUCUGCCGCUUGGGACAAGCUGCUUAACCUGUCUCUGUUCUGGUGCCUCUGUCUCCCCUGUUCAGUCCCUCUUUUGAAUCCCUCUCUCCACAGAAGGGCAUGGGUCCACUUGAAGGAGCAGGGAGGCCAGGGUUUGGGAAGCUGCAGCGUCAGGGACAGCUGCCUGCCACCUUGCCUGGGUUAUGGUGAAUGGGACCCGUCUUUCUCUACCUUGCUUUUUAGGAGAUGGUUGAGUUUUAGCUAAAGGGGAAGCCAGACUAGCUCCCUCCCUUGCCCAGAUCCUUUGCCCUGCAAGGUUGGAGACACCUGGCCCUCCUCAUUCCUGGCAAGUCCCAAGGUCUGCAGAAGUGACUGCUUGUCCCAGAGUCAGCCAGUGCCAACGUUUGCUAACCCUGCGAGGUACAUCUGCAACCUGGGCCCAGAUAGUGUGUUCAUAGUUUCCCUGACCACGGUUAGCCUUGGGAGGGGGUGGAAACAGAUCUGAGGAUGUUUGUGGGUUUUCCAGCUAAGGGACACACUCCCCUGCCACUGCCAGCACCACAGCAUGCACCCAUACAUAAAGCAGGCCACAGCCCAAUUGCAGGGCAGUCCUUCUGGGAGGUAGUAAUCCAGAUUAUGACGUUGUCUCAGAGAGGGGUUGUCCACACCCAGUCCCACAUGAAAUGACACACAGAGGGCUCAGUGUGGGUGCCAUGGGCAACUUGGGGGAUGGGCAGAGGCCACCCGGUUUGGGCCCUAUUUGGGUGAUACCUGUAGGCAGAACCCAGAGAGAGAGAGUCUGAUCCAAAGAAGAGGGAAGCUUUCCCAAGAACAGCACAGACGUCGGCUCUUUAUGUCCCCUCCUGGAGGGCAGGGCCAUGUCAGAGCAUCACAAACAGCCCACUUGAUGGAAGGAGCAGGGAUGUAACACAUUCUUAUCUCAGUCUUUGUGAGGCUGCUUUGCUAAUACUGUGCAGAGGAGAAAUUUCUCAGGCUUUCCAUCAGCUGGGGCUGGUGCUAGGGAAUCACUGCCCUGGGAGGGAGUAGGUUCCUCGGGUGCUGGCACAGAGUAUUGCACCCCACUCGUGAUGCCUUGGUGUAGAGUGGCCCUCUUGCCCAGUCACCACUCUGCCCACCCCCUGCCACACCCAUACCAGCCCACGGCUGUGGUUAGGUCCACCAGAAAUUGCCUUGUGAAGCAAAGGAACCUGCUUGGAGCUCUGCAUGGUGGCUCAGGAGUAGCGUGUAGGAGGGCCUUGAUUUAAAAAAAGAAAAAUAGAGAGGACUCAAACCAAUGAAGCAAAGAACUUGAAAUGUCAGGAGGAGACUCUGUGCCCUGGGAGACACAGGCAAGUUGAGCAGAGCCCAACUCCUGGGCAGCCCCUCCCUUAAACUAGACAGGGGCCACCCGUGUGAGUUCACCCCAGACCUUGUGGCUGUCCCCAUCCCACACAAGCCAAACCCAGAGAAGCACCCUGUCUUUUCCUCCCCUCCUGAGAACAGGCUUUCCUGAGACACAUGCAGAGAAGGGUCAGAGGGAGAGGACAGCCAGCCAGGAAAGCCACGAGACCCACCAAAUAGUGUCUCAAGCCACACUCGAACCCUGUACUUCUCUUACCAGUGUAUUAGUAUUAAAUGGAUGUUUCUUAAUGAUGAGGAUGGAAAUGAAACAGGUACAAAGGUGCAUAGCUCAGGCCAGAAUCAGAUUUCAGCGUGCAAAGGAAUCACAGAGCUGAUCUAAUGGAAAAGAUUCAUUGUACAGAAAGAAAUGGAAGUCCAGGCAAGUGAAGGGACUUGCUCAAGAUCACACAGCUGGUAAAGUAAGGCAAGGUUAGGGCUGGAACUUGGGCCUUCUGACUCCUUGUCCAGUAUUCUUUCACCUCACCACAGCUGCCUCCCCAAGCAGAGGUAUUACGUAAGAUCUGUCCUGCUGGUCCAGCCUCUUGUACCUCUUUGCUGCUUCUCCCACAUCCCCCAUACGCCUCCCGAAAUGAAAGACAAAAGAAGGAUCUUCCUGAGUCCAAGGUCAGUCCGUCUCCGACAGCCUGUUGUUAACCCAGCCGUGCAGUUAAGGGCAGACCCAGGCCAGUAGAACAGAACGACAAGGUGAUUGGUAUUUGUUAACUGUGAAACCUAGAUUGUACCCCUUAGCUUGGUGUCUUGACUUGCAGCACACCGGGCCCUCGGCACACUGUAUUCCUCGGGAGUGAGGCGUGGAGGGGUCUCAGUCCGUUCUGUCCUUGGCGGCGUGCUGAGAGGCGGCAAAGCCCAUGCAAGCCUGCCUCCCGGGGAUCUGCUGGGCUGGGGUUCAGCAGAUGUGAAGACUUCAGUGAAGCAAUAAACACAAAAGUCUGGGAGACGAUAUCCAGAAUUUUGUGUACUACUCUGUUUCUUUUUCAAAGAUGAUAUAGAUCCGAUGACCCCGGCCUGCUCUUUAUUCUGAUUCUCAAAUGCAAUGUCCUCAGUCAGUGUUGUCUCUCCGCCCGGCUC